CCAAAAUCACAGUAUGACGUGUGGUUCAGAAUCGCCAUUCAAAGGAUGACGUACCACAUAUGCGGCGAGAGGAAGACCGCACAUGAAUGGUUUGAUUGGUAAAAUUAUUUCCACCUUUUAAUGGGUUGAUUGUAGUCUAUUCGGGUGUUUGAGAUUAUUCCGACUCGGACUGCAAUGAAAUCAACGUCGCUCCCGCUACCCAGCUCCUCCCUCCCUCACUUGCUGUUAGUUUCGCUUAUUAUCAAACAGAUCAACUGGCAAGAACAGCUACAAGAACCAAGGAUGAAGAAAUUCUUCUCUGUUUUGACUGGGAAUACCCUGGGGUCUCAUGAGGAAUUAAUUCAUCGUCUCGCUGCCAAAAGACACUUAACUGAAGUGACGUCACUAGAGGAGAGUGAUGUUACCCUGGCUUUCUGUCCCAUCGUCUCUCGUGCUGGGACUGAUGUUGAAGCAGCAAUGCAGCAGAUUCCAGCUGGUAAACCUGUCAUUCUGGUAGUGCUGCAUCACACCUUCGAUCCAGACUACACUGUACCUGACAGUAGCAGACUAAUGACCAGAGGUGAUGUAAUACUCACAGUGGACUGUCUCUUCCAUGAGAGCAAAGGACUACUGAAGUGUCCUCGCAAUAAAGAAGCAAUUAGAAAGAUUCUGGACAGGCCAGAAAUACAGCCAAAGGUGAGAAAAGAAACCAAGGGGAAGGCCUGUUGCUGCAGCAUUUCCUGAUGAAAGGUCCAAGAAACGAGGCAGUGCACACUCACACCUGAAGAUGAAAAGAUGACGAGACCAACCUGUCUUUAGAAGUGUGUGAGACAGUGUGAUCAGCAGUAAAACACACCACUGUAAUCAUUGUAUAAUUCACACAUUGGCUUUUUGGAAGGGAUUCUGAAUGAAUGAAAUCAAUGGUAGGAAGUACAUAUUCAAGUAAUUUCUUGUUUGAAUGCAUAUUACUUUGUCUAUGUACAUAUUAAUCUCAAAUAGAAUUAAUUACCACAGUGA